GGUGUUUUGAUAUUAUGUUAAUUCUUAGGGAUUAAUGCAGGUAACACACACUUCAGACUUGACAGCGUAGUCAGAGCUAUAGUUCUGGACAAACUGGACUGGGCACUGGACUCGGAACCAUUCGAGCAGAGCAUGUGUAACUACCCGGACAGACACGACGAACCACCGGCGGGCUUUUUAAUGGGGUGUUGUUUGUUUUUGAGAGCCAGUUUAAACAUUUAGAUUUAUUCGUUUAUACAAAUUAUAUACGAUUGAUCUGUAAUGUUUAGUAUGAUGCUGAAAAUAAGUGUAGCGAUUGACUUCGCUAAAGAAGAUCGCAGCUCUUCACUGAGCUGAAUAACUUGACUAGCUAGCUUUUCUAAAACUCUGGUCGUUUCUAAAAUGUGCUUAAGUGAAAAGAGGAGUUUCGAAGACAACUUUAAUUUCAGCUACUAAAGAAACAGUUGCAAUUUUAGAUGCCAAGUUGGUGUGAUGAACAGUUCAGCACCGAAGAAGUUUUAUUUGGGACAGCAUCCUAUCAUAAAGAAGAAUGGGUCUGUUUCUGACAGAGUGCCUGCAAGUGAGAAAUCUACACCAAGACGCUCAAAUCGCCUCCAUCAGGCACAGCCCUCUGAAACUGAAGUACAGAAAAACAGAAGCUGUGAAGAUUCUUUUACUAAGCAAAAUGAGAAAAAGCAGAGGAUGCCUAUUGACUCUGUUUUUGCCAAAGAUGAGGAGAAUUCACAAGCUUUGGGUGUGCAUCAGCCUAAAUUGACCAAUCGAACACACAUCAAAGUUCAUCAAAGUUCUGUGCCUGUGAAACAAACAAUAUCAGAAUCUUUAUUACUAGAGAAGAGAGCUCACCUGACUGAAAUCAGUGAAAAUGGUCGUCGGGUACCACAGAUGCAUUGUGCAGAAAAUAACAGGCCCUCAAGUCCAGGGCCAGCAUCACCCAUACAGGAAUGUGGGAGAGCAAAAACACAAGCAAACAAGGCAAAAGACUGGAAGGACUUGGCGCAAAAGCUGCUGUUCAGCGAAACUAAAAGCAGCAGAACAAGAAAGCAGACACAUGAUCAUGAAUCAACAUUUGUGCAGGGUUCAGAAAACUGUUCACCUCAAAAGGCAGCUGCUUACACGAAAAAAAGUUCUAAUGGCUCAAAGUUAAAGUUCACAGGAGAACGGUCAGUAAUCAGCCCUGAUGGCCCUAUGAAAACGACAAAGGAUUACAUUCUCUUUAAUCCUGCACAAGUGGCUGCUGCCAAAGAAAGGUCUGUUUUGCAGAAACGGACUCAUGGAAACAUGUCCAUCUCUGUGCUCACUCCUCCGCCUGGCCUGGAGCUGACCUUGCUGGGUGGCUCACAGGCAAAUGCAACACACAGUAUCCACAUGGCGAUUCCUGCUGAUCAGGCAGACAAGCUGUUACUGUCCAGCUGGGGUCUCCCCAAGCCUGUGCUGGAGAAGUAUCAGAGUCUGGGUGUUAAGCAGAUGUUUGAGUGGCAGGCAGAGUGCCUCACCUUGGGUAAAGUGCUGGAGGGCAAGAAUCUGGUGUACUCAGCUCCAACCAGUGCUGGGAAAACAUUGGUAUCAGAGUUAUUAAUAUUAAAAAGAGUCUUGGAGACUAGACGCAAAGCCAUUUUUAUUCUUCCUUUUGUGUCUGUGGCGAGAGAGAAAAUGUUUUAUCUGCAGAACGUGUUUCAGGAGGCAGGUGUCAAAGUUGAAGGGUACAUGGGGAGCACUUCAGCCGCUGGUGGGUUCUCUGCAUUGGAUGUGGCUGUAUGUACAAUAGAGAAAGCCAAUGGACUCAUCAACAGGCUUAUUGAGGAGGACAGAAUGGAUUUGCUAGGGAUUGUUGUUGUAGAUGAGUUACACAUGGUAGGGGACUCUGGUCGUGGAUAUUUAUUGGAGCUUUUGCUAACCAAAAUCCAAUACAUUGCAAAAAAAUCUGCAAAGAGGUGUGCUGAUAAGAGUUCCACUGAUAGUGUACAGAUUGUGGGAAUGAGUGCCACAUUACCAAACCUGGACCUCCUUGCCUGCUGGCUAAAUGCUGAUCUCUACCAUACAGACUACCGUCCUGUGCCACUGAUGGAGUGGGUGAAGAUUGGCACUAAAAUAUAUGAUGGCUCCAUGAAUCUUGUUAGACCAUUCACACCUGCUCACCCUGUAAAGGGUGAUGAUGAUCACAUAGUAAGCCUCUGCUUUGAGACUGUGCAGGCUGGUCACUCUGCACUGCUCUUCUGUCCUUCGAAGAACUGGUGUGAAAAAUUGGCAGACAGUAUUGCCAGAGAGUUUUACAACCUUCAUCACCAAGAGAAGCAGUCAGACUCUGGAGUCCAGUCUGUGUCUUUGAACCAAGAAUGUCUUCAGGAAGUGUUUGCUCAGUUAAAACGUUCUCCUGCAGGCCUCGACCAAGUCCUUCAGCGCACUGUUCCCUGGGGAGUUGCGUUCCACCAUGCAGGUUUGACGUUUGAUGAAAGGGACAUCCUGGAAGGUGCUUUUCGUCAGGGCUACAUCAGGGUCCUGGUCGCCACUUCCACUUUGUCAUCUGGUGUAAAUCUGCCUGCCCGCCGUGUGAUUAUCAGAACCCCAGUGUUCAAUGGGCAUCUGCUUGACAUACUGACCUACAAACAGAUGGUGGGACGAGCAGGGCGUAAAGGAGUGGAUACGGUUGGUGAGAGUGUGCUGGUCUGUAAGGAAGCCGAGCGCAUGAAGGGGGUGAGUCUGAUCCAAGGCUCCUUAAAGCCCAUCAGCAGCUGCUUGGUGAAGCGGGAGGGAGAAGGCGUCACUACCAGCAUGCUCAGAGCCAUCCUGGAGAUUAUAGUUGGUGGAGUUGCCAGCACACCAGAGGAGGUGAGGACGUAUGCAUCUUGCACUUUGCUGGCAGCCAGCAUGGCAUCUAUGCAGCCAGAUCAAGGUGGUGAACAGCCAGAAACUGCUCGCAGUCACGGGGCCAUUGAGGCCUGCAUGGAUUGGCUGAUGGACAACGAGUUUAUUCAUAUCCAAAAGGAAGGCGAUACAGAGAGAUACUGUCCAACACAUCUGGGUUCUGCCACUCUGUCGUCAUCUCUGUCACCCCCAGAAGCCCUUGGAAUUUUUGCAGACCUUCAAAGAGCAAUGAAAGGGUUUGUCCUAGAAAAUGAUCUCCACAUUCUUUAUCAGAUAACACCAGUGUACGUUGACUGGACAACAAUAGACUGGUACCAAUUCUUCUGUCUGUGGGAGCAAUUACCUUCUGCAAUGAAACGGGUUGCAGAAAUGGUGGGCAUACAGGAGAGCUUUCUGGCACGCUCUGUCAGUGGAAAAUUAAUAGCCAAAACAGAAAAGCAGCGCAGACAGAUGGCCAUUCACAAGCGCUUUUUUACUACCCUUGUGCUGUUCGAUCUGGUCAGUGAAGAACCUCUUGGAACAGUUGCAAAGAAAUAUGGCUGCAGCCGAGGACAGCUGCAGUCACUUCAACAGUCAGCUUCGACCUAUGCAGGUAUGGUUACAGUCUUCUGUAAUCGACUUGGAUGGCACAACCUUGAGCUGUUAUUGUCGCAGUUCCAGAGCCGGCUGAGUUUUGGAGUACAGAGGGAUCUGUGCGAUCUGGUGCGUAUCUCCUUGCUGAAUGCGCAGAGAGCACGUGCACUUUACAGUGCAGGGUUGGUCACUGUGGCGGAGGUGGCAAGAGCAAAAAUUGCUGAUGUGGAGAAGGCCCUAAGGAAAGCCAUUCCUUUCAAAAGUUCUAGGCAGGCAGUAGACGAGAGUGAGGAGGAUGCUCAAGAGCGCAGGAGCAUGCGCUGUAUCUGGGUGAGUGGAAAGAAGGCCUUGACUGAGAGUGAGGCCGCAGAGCAAAUAGUGUUGGAGGCCAGGAUGCUCCUCCAGCAGGACUUGGCACUCCUUGGAGUGGAGUGGAACCCCAAUUCUCUCUCGCCAGAGGCCAGAACAAGUUCUUCUGAUGAAUCAUCCCAGGAUUCCAAAUUACACAUACCUGUAGAGCUACAAACUGAAAGUUUAUCUGAAGAGAAGAACACUAACUUUAAUAGAGAACAGAGACUGAGGAAGACCAUAAAAGGACAUCAUAUAUCAGCUGAUCAAAAUCCUGUGUCUGAAAAUGAAACUCAUUAUCCUGCUAGACCACUAGAAAAUCCUAUGGAUGUGGAUACAGCAGGUCUGACUAAGAAAACUACUACAAGUCAUUUAUGUGUGGCCUGUACUAGCACAGGAAACACUGAACAGCAGUCUAUUGCAUUACACAAAGUGCUCAAAUCCAUAAUUGCUAAAGACAAAGACUAUCAUAACGGCCACAAAACUACUGAGAUGUCAUCAUCCCUUCUGAAAAAAUCAUCUCUAACGGGUUGUGGACAUGAUUCUGGUCUACAAAAUGAGUCUUCCUCACGCAAUGACAGUCAUUCUGUAGGUCCACUGUCAAAACGUAGAAGGAUGGAAGGGGAUGAAAUUAAGACCACCGAAGCUGAAGAAGCAGGCACCCUAGCAAUUGCAGCCCUAACAGAUCUAAACCAAACAGCGUCAACUGUUUUUGUGGGUGUUCCUGAGUUGAAUAGUAGUCACUCUGAAGUGAACAUCAAAACACCACAAGAAGCAGCUAGAUGUCAGAGUUCAGAUGCUGUAUUAAAACAACAUCUACUGUGUGAGUCCAUGAUGUCAUCUACGUCAUUUGGUCCAUCACAUCUCAAGGAGAAUCCAUUGUUAACUGGUCGUCGUUUUCCAUCAGUUGAUGGGAAAAAAUGCAAAUCUAAAUCAAAACAUUUAAAUAAAAAUGCAGAUCUCGAGAUGACACUUACUGAAACUAAAAAGGGGAAUUACCAAAACUCCGACUGUUACAGGAAUGCGAAUGAUGAAAACAAAAUGCCAGCACAAUGUGAUUAUGAGAAGACUUCACUGGACUUUUUGUUGACCUCUGAGGUAAAAUCUAGAGUUGCAACUGAUGUCAUAGGGAAUUCAGGGGACAAGUGUAAGUCUCCAGACUUGUACACAGGUGAAUCAGAAGAAUUUGGUGAUAGUUUUCAGCUUGAUACACAGACUGAAAGAAUAUUACUACAGGAGGACAAGAUGCCUUUUUACAGCAGUUUAGAUGUCAUUCGUGAAGUUAAGACAAGAAAUAAUCAUGUUGGCACACUAGAUCAGCUGUCCAACCAAAUCUCACAUCCUGAAAAUAAAAAUUUAGUACCACACAGCACACCUGAAGACAAAAACAGCAAGAAAGAUGAGGGCAUGUCAUCCUUUUCCAGCAAUGUUCCAAAGGAGCAACAUCUGCCAUCAACUGAAGCCAAACCUAAAUAUAACAUUUCACUGACAGACAGCCAAAUAGAGAACAUUCUUAAUUUUACCAACCAUAUGCCUGAGGGAGAAUCUUGUGAAAUGAAAUUAAACUCUGAGGAACCUCAAGUCCAAAAGGAGAGACCUGAAAAUGUUAUGGAAAAUAGUCUCAAUAGAAGCAGCAGCUUCCUAUUUGAUAGUUUGUAUAACAGCUCUGUCUUGGAGGCCAUGGAGGAGGAGGAGGAGGAGGAGGCAGGAGUAGAUAAAGACGCAGAGGGGAACCAACCUAUUGAAAAUACUAGGUCACAUGCCCCAACCACUGCAUUUAAUGAAGAAAAGAAGGAUGAUGUGGAGGAUCAAGAAGCAGUACAGUGGGGUGAGUCUUCCUUCAACCUGUCAGAAUGGGGAGACUCACUUCUUGUUGGAGAGCACUAUCUAGAAAAAUUUAAGGUCUGUGCUGCACCAAAAAUGAGCUCAAGUGAAGCAGAAAAGCUCUGUUACACAGAUGACUUUGUGUCUGAGUUACAAAUAUCACAAAACAAGGCACCUUGUUCAGAAACUGUUGUUAAUUCCUCAUUUAAUUUUAGCCCAGGAAUGCAAGACAUUUUUGAUAAAUGGGUUGAUCAUUUUUCAACCCUCCACGAACCUGUAGAAAAAGCAAACACAAAUGUGGCACAUCAUAAUGUGUCUGUAGUUCCAGUAACUAACACACACUCUGGGCUUGAACAUGUAAAUCAAAAAGGCUUGAAGUCAGAAGAUUUCCAUAUAACCAAACCACAUACAGUGAGCCAUGAUCUUAUUCCCCCGACACCUGUUUCUGAGCCUGUCACGCCCAGGGUCAAAAUGACAACUUUAGCUGUACAGUCACCUGUCAAUCCCAACGGUGACCUAGAGGCUAAACUGAAUUACCAUGCAAGUUCUUCUCCCAAAGAUGAUCAGCCUCCUUGUUUGGAGCCGAAGGCCACAUCACAGUUAGACACAUCUGUGAUAAGGGUUGAUGAGGGCUUUUCACUGCAGCUUUCACAGGAUGCCUCUCCUUCUGCCUCCAACCCAAGCAGUCCAGAAUCCUUCUCGAUUAUUGAUGUAGCAAGUGACAAACGGCUUUUUGAAACAUUUGUAAAGGAAUGGAAAACGAAGAAGAGAUUUUCUCUUUCUGUUGCUUGUGAGAAGAAAGAUGGUGCAGGGCAACCAGAAUCAGCUAUCGGAGGCAAAUUUAAAAAAGCAGCUACCCCAAUGAGGAACAAAAGAAAAGAUGGGUUUGUCAUCAAAGGACAUGAAAAUCUGGUCAUCAUUGGCAUAUCUGUAUGCUGGGGAGGAAAGGAUGCAUAUUAUUUAUCACUACAAGAGGAGCUAACAGACACUGCUGUAAGUGCUAGCUUAGCACCCCCUCCACUUGAUGAAGGUCUGGCAGUGGGAGAGAGACUGGAGAAAAUUCAAGCAUGUUUGUCAAGGUCAUCUUCAGGUGCUGAUAGAGUGAUGGUUGCUUAUGACUUCAUUCAGUUAUACAAGACUCUACUUCUGGCAUGUGGACUUGCAAUAAAAGGCACAUUUGAAGAUCCUAAGGUUGCUUGUUGGCUUCUGGAUCCAGGCUCCAAGGAGCGCACCCUUCACAACAUGGUGACAAACUUUACUCCUCAGGACCUGCCCUUGUUAGAUGGAAUCAGCUCUGGACAAGGUGUGGAAAGUCUGGGGAUGUAUGGAGAUCCUAGUCAGUCUGGACGCUUCAGAGCAGCCAUUGAGUCGGUCCUCGUUUUCAGGAUCAUGACACAACUCCACGUCCUUCUGGAAAAGGAUGGUUUCUUAGAUGUGUUCCAGAAAGUGGAGAUGCCCACUCAGUACUGCUUAGCUCUGUUGGAGUUGAAUGGUAUUGGCUUUAGUGUUGCUGAAUGUGAAGCUCAGAAACAUGUGAUGCAAGCUAAGCUCAGUGACCUGGAAUCCCAGGCCUACCAGUUAGCUGGUCACAGCUUCUCACUGACCAGUCCUGAGGAUGUUGCUGAGGUACUGUUUCUUGAACUGAAGCUGCCACCCAACGGUGAUUUGAAUAGUCUAAAGAAUAAAAAGACUUUGGGAUACACGAGAAGGGCAGGAGCCCGCAUAAAACUUUCCAAGCAGUUUAGCACAACCAAGGAUGUACUAGAAAAGCUCAAGCCAUUCCAUCGGUUACCAGGAGUCAUCUUAGAGUGGAGAAGGAUAACAAACGCCAUGACAAAAGUGGUAUUUCCUCUACAAAGAGAGAAGACCUGGCACCCUAAACUCAGGAUGGACAGAAUUUACCCUGUCUCACAGUCCCACACAGCUACAGGGAGAGUGAGCUUCACUGAACCCAAUAUUCAGAACGUGCCAAAAGACUUUGAAAUCCAAAUGCCAACUCUUAUUGGAGAAAGCCAACCAUCUCAAAACAACAUACCCAGUAUCUCCAGCAAGACACGGACUAAAAUAUCCAGGGCAAAUCAUCAGUUAAUGGAUUUGCUCAAAGAUUCAGACAAAUCUCCAGAAAAGGGGAUGCCUUUUUCUGUCAGCAUGAGGCAUGCUUUUGUUCCUUUCUCAGGAGGACUAAUUCUAGCUGCUGACUACUCCCAGUUGGAGCUGCGCAUAUUGGCUCACUUGUCCUGUGAUAAACGGCUUCUUCAAGUGCUCAACAGUGGUGAAGAUGUUUUCAAAAGUAUAGCUGCAGAGUGGAAGAUGGUGGACCCUGCAUCAGUUGAUGACUGCACAAGACAACAGGCGAAACAGAUUUGUUAUGGAAUAAUUUAUGGCAUGGGAGCAAAAUCAUUAGGGGAGCAAAUGGGUAUUGAUGAAAACGAUGCUGCCUGUUACAUUGAAACGUUUAAAUCCAGAUACACAGGUAUACAGGCAUUUCUUCGUCAAACAGUGAAGAACUGCAGCAAAAACGGCUUUGUCAAGACAUUACUGGGCAGGAAGAGGUUUCUGCCUGGGAUCAAAGACUCAAACAUGUACAUCAAGUCUCAUGCGGAGAGGCAAGCUGUGAAUACAACAGUCCAGGGGUCUGCUGCUGACAUUGUAAAAUUGGCCACUGUCAAUAUCCAGCACAGACUGGAGGCAGCUUUUCCUGAAGUGCCACCAUCACAUCACCAUAACCAAAGUGAGACAGAGAAUGGACGGUAUAGGCCUCGAUCCAAGCCUUUACGAGGGGCCUUCUUCGUACUUCAGCUACAUGAUGAACUCAUCUAUGAGGUUGCAGAGGAGGAUAUCAUCCAGGUUGCACAAAUUGUGAAGUGGGAAAUGGAAUCUGCUAUGAAACUACAUGUGAAGCUCAGGGCAAAAGUUAAAGUGGGUCCAAGCUGGGGAAACCUUCAAGAUUUGGAUAUCUGAAAUACAUUGAUUUGACUCACUAGACUACAGUCCUGUUUGCACAAAUAUUUG